CAGGCUAAAACUUUGAACAGCGGACAGAGUCUGAACCUUCAUGCCUAAAAUGCAUUAAACCCCUGGAGUGUGGGUCUGUACUGGAUGGGAUUUGCUGCCAUGGAGGACGUGGAGUCUCGUUUGGUGCACUUCCUCAAGCCGAUAAGGGACCUCACUGCGAACUGGGCGGUGGAUGUGGCAGCUCAGCUGGGAGAGUACCUGGAGGAGCUGGCGCAGAUCUGCAUUUCAUUUGAUAAUGGCAGAACCACCAUGAACUUUACAGAAGCAGCAAUGCUGAUCCAAGGUUCUGCCUGCAUCUACAGCAAGAAGGUGGAAUCCCUCUACUCACUGGUCUACCAGGCACUCGAUUUCAUUUCCAAUAAGAAGCGCGAGAAGCAGGUUGCAUCAGUAGGAGAGGACGGAGUCGACAGAGAUGUCAGCAAUGGACCAGCAGAAGAAGAGGAAGAGUUCCUCUCCUUGGACGACAUCCAAGAUACCAGCAGAGCAAGCAAAGACUUGAGGGGAAACCAGAGGCACAACGCGGUCAGCAUUGUCCCCUUGACUCCGAUGGCCCUGGUUCCACCAGAGGACGUGGAAAAGAAGAGCAAUCCCCUCUUCAGCCGGAAGGGGGAGAAGUUGGCGAGCCGGAAGGAUUUUCACAUGAACAUCUGCACUCCUCAAACCACCGGCAUCUUCAUGCUGGAGCUGGCGGGGCUCUCGCCGAUACAGGGCAGGAACUGGGACCGGGGGAUCGGCUCCAUAGGUGCGCAGGGCCUUCCUCCAGCAGGCUCCACGCCCAUGGAGGUCUGCGGGCUCCGGACGCCUGUGGCUGCGCUAAACUUUUCCGGAGAAAGCGCAGGCGCAGCAGCGCCCAUGUGUGACGAUAACGACGACUGCGACAACUCCCUGCCAGCGCUUCCCGAAGAGGUCCUGGGUGGCUCCCCAGUUCGGGUGGAGGAGGAGCAUGUUGAGCAUCAGAUGAGCAUCCCUCAGAGGAGAGGCUACAUGCUGCGGGAGAGAGGCCCUGCCCCGGAUGCCUGCGUCAAGGAGAUGCUGGACCCCUGGCGCAACCUUGACCCCUUCUGCUCCUCCGAUGAUAAACCCAUGAGGAAAGGCAAGCCGUUCACGGUGCCACAUGGCCUGGAGAACUUGCCUGGCACCAAGCGGAAGAGGAAGCUGUCCAGCAAGCUGCAGGAGUUCACGGCCUGGUUUUCAGCCACAGAGCACAACAGAGCUGGCAACCAGAGAAGCAGGAAGAAAGGCCCAGUGUUCCCUGAUCUCGAAGUCCUCUACUUGAAGCAUGCAAAGGAGCGCUUGGCUGCCCAGAAGAAGCUGCAGAGGAUGAGGAUGCAAGAUCCGCGGCUGGCCAAUCGGUUAGAGGAGCCCGAAGCCCUGGAGGAGGAAGAGGAGGACGACGACAAUGACGCCUUGGGCGAUAUGGAUGUCGGAGGGGCAGAUGACUUUCUGGACCACGAAGACGCCCCCCAGGUAGAAGCCCCGGAGGAAGCACCAGUUGGCCUGAUAGAUCUCGGUGACGUCCCCUCCGCCCUCAACUACGAGGAAUACGUGCAAAGAAAUGUGGAAGUGUUCAUGUUGCACUCCCAGAAAUACGCCCGAGAGACCGUCCUGUCCCGGCGCAUUCGGGACUGGGAGGAGAUGGUGGUUCCGAAGCUGGAGGAGCAGGAAUCGCACGAAGCCUUGGACAUCCACAGCUAUGGGGACAUGCUGGUCUCCAAACUGGGCACCGUGGGCGAGUGGCACUCCUUCGCCAGCCUGGUGGCGGGGCAGCCGCCUUUCGAAGUGUGCCGCUGUUUGCUGGCCUCCUUGCAGCUGGCCAACGACUACACGGUGGAAAUCUCCCAGGAGCCUGGCCUGGAGGAGAGCAUGGAUACUAUGGCUCUGCGCCUGCUGACCCAGGAGAAGGCACACGAGCGUUUCCGCACCUACACAGCUCCCUCGCUCGGCCAGCAGUGAUGCCUCUCCUCCUGCCCACGUGCGCGCGU